AUUUAUUAUUAAAAUCCAAUAAACAUUUGAUCCUACCAAAUUGGAGCACAAAAGUUUUUCUCUUUUAUUAAAAUUAGUUAGUUGUAAGAGUAGCUACAUGGCGGAUGCGGAUAGGCCAGAGAAAGAUUCCGGCGGCGGCGAAGAAACGAAGUACCGCGGCGUGAGGAAGAGGCCGUGGGGGAAGUAUGGAGCCGAGAUAAGGGAUCCAUCGAAGCCUACCGGAAGGAUGUGGCUUGGGACAUUCGACACGGCUGAGGAAGCCGCCAGAGCUUAUGAUCGAGCCGCCAUUGCUUUGAGAGGUGGCCUUGCCAUCCUUAAUUUUCCGGAUGAAUAUCAUUCUCAUCUCCCAUUUAUAGCUUCUUCUUCUUCUUCUUAUUAUUCUUCUACUUCUACUUCCAUUGGAUCAAGUUCUUCUUCUUCCAGUGCACAACAACGUAGGGAAGUUAUUGAGCUUGAAUGUUUGGACAAUAAGGUUUUGGAGGAUCUUCUUGAAGAAGAAGAAAGGAACAGAAGGAAAUACUAAUCUUAGAGCGCGCAGAACCUUCGUUAAUUAGCAUGGGAGGAAAAUCUUAUCUUUUCUAUUUUCCUAAAAAAAUUAUUUCUUAAAUAUAAUUAUUAUCGUAUUCAGAAUGACAUAUUCUCUGUGGGUUUAAUAACACACCGAGAAUAUAUCAUUUUGAAUUAUAAUAAUAUUAUAUUUGAAUAAUAAUAAUAAUAAUAAUAAUAAUAAUAAUAAUAAUAUUUUUGUUGUUUACAUUAGUCAUUAAUAAAUGUGUUUGUCCCUUCAUAUUGGAGGUUUGAUGUUCAGGGGGAAACCGCACUUUUUAAUUUUUGUU